AAAGCUCCCACCGGAAGUAGCUCGUUAGCCGCCGUCCAGCUGCAGGAACUUUCGCUUCGUUCCUCCACAGCAAAGAUGGACUGGAAUGAAGACGGAAAUGGCCAUGGCCACAUGCGGGACGGCUGCCAGCACGGCCACUCGGGCCACUCCCACAGCCACGGGCCGAGAGCCGCCGCGUUCGGCGGGCUGUCGCACCUGUACGCGCCCGCCUACGGGCCGCCGGGGAAAGGCUCGGAGCAGAUGAUGGACAUCAGCCAGCAGCCCAAAAAGCGCUCGCUCAUGGACGACAGCAGCAGCUGGGACAUCGUGAAGGCGACACAGUUCGGCAUCCUGGAGCGCUGCAAGGAGCUGGUGGAGGCCGGGUACGACGUCCGGCAGCCGGACAAAGAGAACGUCACCCUGCUGCACUGGGCGGCCAUCAACAACCGCUCCGAGCUGGUCAAGUAUUUUAUCUCUAAAGGGGCCGUGGUGGACCAGCUUGGAGGAGACCUGAAAUCGACUCCGCUCCACUGGGCGAUAAGGUGUGAGCGGGAGGGCAGUCGGGCCGUUCGGGGCUCCAGAUUCCAGCUCCAGUUCCGCCCGUCUAAAUCAGUCCACCUGUUUUGCUUUGAGGUGGACGAGCCCGACUGUAACGGCCAGACGCCGCUGAUGCUGGCAGCUCAGAAGAUUAUCGGGCCCGAGCCCACCAACUUCCUCAUCAAGAACAACGCCUCUGUGAGCGCGGUGGACAAGGUCAGCAGGAACACGCCGCUGCACUGCGCCGUGCUGGCCGGGAACGUGGACGCCGCCCACAUCCUGCUGGAGUCCGGGGCCAGCGUGGACGCCGAGAACAUCAACCUGAGGGUCUUCGGCUCGUCAGCUGGGUCUGGCGGCGUAAGACGGGGGGGGAUUCCAUACGGGAAGCUUUCACCAGGGUUGGAAAUUAGGGGGAAUUUUGUAUCAGCCGGCAGGGCUCAAACUAGUAGCCCGCUGCUCAUCCACAUGCUCAACCAGGUCAAACAGGAGAGGAUCCGCUCCAGCUCGCGCUGCCUGCGGGUGGUGAACAGAUACAGGGUUUUCCUGCAGUUCCUGUCGUGCACGGCGCUGUUCGGCUGUGUCGGAGCCAUAGUGGACAUGGACUCUGAGUCCUGGCUGCUCAAAGGGAUCCUGUUGGCCUGUGUGAUGGGUGUGAUCAACCUGGUCUCGAGGAAUUUCCCCAGCCCAGACUUCCACUCUCUCCUCCCGGCCUCAACUCUCAUGGCUUCGGUCUUCUGGAUGCUGGUCACCUGCUCCACGGUCCAGGUGCUGUUCACCCUGAACGCCACCGCUCUGCUCUACUACUACGUCCGCACCUGCAGGACGGACCCGGGCUUCAUCAAAACCACUGAGGAAAAGAAGAAAAUGAACGUGCUGGUGUUGGCCGAGGCCGGCUGUCUGGACCCCAGGAUCUUUUGCACCACGUGCAUGGUGAGGAAGCCGGUGAGAGCCAUGCACUGCUUCAGCUGUGACGCCUGCGUGGCCAAGCAGGACCACCACUCAGUCUGGACCAACACCUGCAUCGGUGCCAGGAACCAUCACUACUUCGUCCUCUUUGUGUUCUCCUUCGUGCUGAUGGGGGCCUGGAUGUUCUACGGCUGCCUCAGACACUGGCAGGCCCACUGCCAGCUGAACUACCAGGAGCAGGGGCUGUGGGGCGCCGUCCCCGCCCUCGUCAGCUGCUCCCCCUGGGUGCUGGGCAUCUUCCUCCUGGCCUUCUACUUCACCUGCCUGUUCGGCCUGACUCUGCUGCAGCAGCUCUACCAGCAGGUGGCGUUUUUGGGAAUAACCACAGCAGAACGAGUGACCAUGAUGUUUCAGCAGAAGAAGCUGAGACAGUCCGUCCCCCUGAGACAGAAUCCUUUCAACAUGGGCGUGGUCCAGAACCUGGUGUCCUUCUUCCAGCUGCGCUGCUGCGGCCUCUUCAAGCCGUCCGCCGUCGACUGGACGCUCCAGUUCGCCCCCCAGCGAGACCAGUUCCUGUUCGAUCAAGUCAACAUGGUCUGACCUCCUACCCCCCCACACACACACACACACUCAGGGUCAGACUGUGGUUCUGGACCAAAAGUACAGAAUGUAUUUAUUUAUUUUUUCUACGUGGUGAAGAGAGGGACCACAACACUUAAAGUGUGAAUUCACAAAACUGUGUGGAUACGGUUUGAUUCAGCUGAUCUUUGUACAGACUCCCGCUGCCUUAUACUUGACUGAUGUAAGUAAAGAGAAUAUCAAAAGUCUCAGUUUGGGAGAGGAGGAAAAAAGAACCCGAAGGCCUAAAAUAUUAUGGAAGUUUUGUGAUGUUUUUAAUGAACACUUUAAGCCUAUUUUUAUUAUCUGUUAUGGGAGAAAAAAAGGAAUCUUUCUAUGUAAAAAUCGCUGGUUUUAUGACUUUUGUAAAAGUUGCAUGGGUUUAAUAAGAACGGAUCACUAUCAUUCAAUAAAGGAACAUUGUGCCUGUUUCUUGGACUUUUCUGUGGGAACAUUUGGGGGAUUUGGGUUUUAUGAAUAAUUAAAGCCA